AACCAAACCAAUCCCCUGUUUUGUCUCUCUCUACUCUUACAUUCACUCGUUCAUUUCUCUCUUUAUCAUUUCAGCAUCACACACUUCUUCUUUCUCUUCUUCUCACUUCUUACUUCUCAUUUCUCAACCAAAACCAAAAAAAAAAAUGAGCUCUCCUCAGAUUUUUCGAUAUGCUUCUAGAGCUGCCAGGUCAAUCCUCUCCUCCUCCUCCAAGGCCUCUCGUUUUCACUCUGAAGGGAGAGCUGUAGCUGCGGCUACAGCGGUGUCGUUGAGUGGCAACAAGCUUCCGUUUUUAGCUUCGAAUUACGGAAAGGCGGGUUCGGAGAAUGCAUCAAGAGAAUGGAUUGCAGGAGCGAUUGGCGUUUCUGCGGCAGCUUACAUGCUUCAGGAACAGGAGGCAUAUGCUGCAGAGCUGGAGCGCACUUUCAUUGCAAUCAAACCUGAUGGAGUGCAGAGAGGGCUGAUUUCAGAGAUCAUAUCUCGUUUUGAGAGGAAAGGUUUUAAGCUCGUGGCCGUUAAAAUUGUGAUUCCUUCAAAGGAUUUUGCACAGAAGCAUUACCAUGAUCUGAAGGAAAGACCUUUCUUCAAUGGCCUGUGUGAUUUCCUUAGCUCUGGCCCUGUCCUUGCAAUGGUCUGGGAAGGAGAGGGAGUAAUAAAGUAUGGUCGAAAGCUGAUUGGAGCUACAGAUCCACAGAAAUCAGAACCAGGAACUAUCAGGGGCGAUCUGGCUGUUGUUGUUGGAAGAAACAUCAUCCAUGGGAGUGAUGGUCCAGAGACCGCCAAGGAUGAAAUCAAUUUGUGGUUCAAACCAGAGGAAUUGGUUACUUAUACAAGCAACUCAGAGAAGUGGGUCUAUGGAAACAACUAAUCAUUUUUGCCUUUUCUUUGAGUGAAUUAGACCCCGCAUAAGAAGCGGGGGUUGAAGCAAAAUUGUUAGAAAUAAAAAUGUCCUUUGUUGAAGUGAGUGAUAAAUUAUAAGUUGAUAACAUCAAUUUUCUGCACACAAUUGGCUGACAUGAAACAUUUGUAAUAAUUAGUUUCACCUCUUUUUCAUGGGACAACACUUAUCAAACGAGUUAGUUUUAAUUA